AUGGUGAAAGUCGAGAUCAUAUCCUCCCUCGUGCUACUGGUCUUUUCUGCGGUAUACCUACCGGCAGUCUUGGCAGGUGACUAUGGACCGUCACCAUGCGAGUUGGUGAAGGAAAAAAGCCGACAUGGCGACAGGAAGAGAAUGGACGAUGGUGUCUGUAGGCAGCACAAGGAGCCACGGUCCAGGAUGAGGAUAGGGAGGGACGUGGACGAAAUUCUGCGAGAGGAAAAGGAUUCAACACCGUUGCCCUCAUCAACAGCCACGGUGCUGUCCUCGACCCCGACAAUAACACCACCGCCCAUCCUCCCACCUUCGUUGGUGCUACCCAGGGCCCAGCGCAACAUUGUUGAGGGCAAGCUUGAGGGCGUGAAGGAUGAUGAACUAGGCCAAGGCGAAUCAAGAGAAUCGGGAAACGCCAGAGACGAAGAAAUCGAACAGCGGUCGCCGUUAGAGCCAACAGUACCGGCUCCGAGGCCCCUAGACCCCAUCGGAGCCGCCAUCAGUAGCUCGUUGACGAACAGUGCGUCUUUGGCGCUCGCUUCCGUAUCGUCGAGUUUUUUGGGCAUCAUUGUCACGCUUACGUCCCAGUCGUCGGCUGAUGUGGCGUCCAUAUCGUCGAGUUUCUUGGGAGUCAUUGCCACGCUUUCGUCCCAGUCAUCAGCUGAUGUGGCGGCCGUGUCGUCGAGUUUCUUGGGCGUCAUUGCCACGCUUUCGUCCCAGUCGUCGGCUGAUGUGGCGGCCGUGUCGACGUCGUUGGGAUCGCAGGUUGCGGCAGCGAAUGCGGCGGCUGCGCAGGCGACGAGCUUGGCCGCGAGCUUGAGUGCCAGUGUGGCUUCGUUGAGCAGUAGUCUGGCUGCUAUCACCAGUGCCAGUGCCAAUGCCAGCGCGGUCCCCGCAUCUUCAACUUCGACUUCUCAAGCGACUGCAAGUGCUGACAGCAGCGGCGUCCAAUCGGGAAAGGCGGUGGCCUCUAUCCUCACAAUAGCACAAUUCGUCGGUAUACUGGUCGGCACUAUUAUAGGGUCCGUCAUCAUCACCUUGCUACUCGUAUACUGUAUUGCCCUCAUCCAACGCAAACGCGACUCGAAGGCAGCCUACUUAAAUGCUAGUGACUCGCCAACCUCGCAGACGGGAUUCCGUUCCAGACCUGCUGGAGACGACUUCCGGGAAGAUAAGAGACAGAUGGCAUACCCCCCCCAGCGCAACCGGGAAAUGUUUAGCGGACCCACCCAGCGUCUGUCCAGACGUCUUACCAUCUUCGACGAAAGACCUCUAUCCGGUGGCGAGACAGCCGGUUUCGGCUUCGAUGGAAUGGAGUUUGGCCCAAGUGCCGCGAACACCACCGCUUCGGGUUCGUCUCCACGAGAGCCACUGCCUUUAGCACUUGCCAAACCUCCAGGUCUUGACGGCGAGGAGACGCUGCAGGUCAUCCGCAGGGACAGCGGAAGAAGUCUUGGCCGUAGUAUCAAGCUCGGCGAUCCACCAAGACAGGGGCCAACAGACUCUGCCGUCAUCCUGGGUAGCGCGACCAGUGGUCGCUCCCGGAGUUUGACGCAUCGGUCCUCCCAGGUGCAAACCCCCCUAUCUCUCAACCCCCCGAACUUGCCGCCACCGAGCGCGUACGACAUCCCCGAUGUGCCCAUCUCCUGGGGCACUGUCGAAUUCGAAGCCGCCAUUCCCGAAAAAGACCAGCAGCAGCAGCGACAACCCUCAUCCAAGCACAUGGCCCUCGUAGCCCAACGACCCUAUACCCCACCACCAAGUUCGUUCCACUCACGCUUCUCCUCCCGCGACACGACACACUCACACCGCCGCCAGACCUCAACACAGUCCUCAAUCCACUCCCAAUCACUAUCCCAACACCGACGCAACCCCUCCGUAAGCCCCAUUAGCGUAAUCUUCCCUCCUCCCUCCCCAGCUCAAAGGGCAAUCGCCAUUUCCCCCAUCAGCCCACCCCCCUCUUCUCCUUUACCGCCCCUUCCUUCGCCCGCCCUUUAUCUGCAACGGAAACAAGCCCAACAACAAGAACCAACCAAACGCCAACGCGCCCCUGUUCCCGCGGCGCUACAGCGCUUUUUACCCGACCGUACCAACAAUAAUGGCAACAAUCACGUCCAGUCUUCCGACUCCGCCCCGGCGCCGACAUCCACAUCUACACCCCAACGUUCGCCCCUCCACCAAGCGACAUUUAGUCUCUUCCCCAAGGUGUCCGAGUCGCCGUCUGCGGACGAAUCGUUUAGUCAGCGGCUGACGAGUAUGCGGAAACGGAAUGAUUGUGUGGUGUUCUGGCCCGGUUCUUCUGGUUCUGGAGCAGCGGCAGGAGUUGGAGCGGCUGUGAGUACGAGCCUGAGUGGCCUGUCCAGCCCGAUGACGCCGAGGUCGGCGGACACCGAGGGGAUUCCGAAACAUCCUUCUUCUAUUUCGUCUGUCGGGCCGGGGAAUUGGGCGACGGUCAAGUCUACAUUUCCCAGGGGGGCAGGGAGGGGGACAAAUGAGGUUGGCUGA